CCCCCUAUUUCUCUUCCUCUGUUAUCCCUAAUAACUUUCUGCCAAUCCUGCUCUGCAGUCUACUUAGCUCCCACUUCCAUAGGAACUUCCUCUCUUCUCCCUCCCCUCCUUUUUGUUGACUGUCUCCCCCUCCCCCCUAUUCUGUCCUAUUGUCCCCCUCCCUCUUCCACUCUUUGUAUUCUCCCUCUUCCUCCUCACUCCUAUCCCACUCAAUAUGGCGAAAUCUUAUGAUCACUUAUUUAAACUUCUUCUGAUUGGGGACAGUGGAGUGGGGAAGACCUGUUUGAUUGUACGAUUCUCAGAGGACAGUUUUAACAGCACUUACAUCUCUACCAUAGGUAUUGACUUUAAGAUCAGAACAACAGAGAUUCAAGGAAAGAAAAUAAAGCUACAGGUUUGGGACACUGCAGGACAGGAGAGAUUUAAAACUAUCACCACAGCGUAUUAUCGGGGUGCCAUGGGUAUAAUACUUGUUUAUGAUAUCACAGACGAGCGUUCCUUUGAAAAUAUUCAGAACUGGAUGAAAAGCAUAAAAGAGAAUGCAGCGGCUGGCGUGGAGAGAAUGUUGCUUGGUAAUAAAUGUGAUAUAGAAAGUAAGAGGAAGGUGCCUAAGGAACGAGGAGAGAAGCUUGCUAAGGAGCACAACAUUAGAUUCUUUGAGACUAGCGCCAAAUCAAGCUUGAAUGUGGAUGAGGCCUUUAAUACUCUGGCUAGUGAUAUCUUGAUGAAAAUCUCUAAGAGAGCGGCUCCAGGAAUAAAGGACCCUGUGAAUCUGAAAAGCCCUAAAAAAAAAGAAAGCAACAAGUGUUCUUUGGUUUAAGGUUGUCACUGAUAUGGAUGCAGAGCCCCCUCUUGCCACAGAGGAGCGCUAGAGCAUUGCUAGCCCAGUGAAUCAGGGUGGCACCAAUUGGACAAUUUCCAUUAAAGAGACAACGGACCAUCCCUGCAAGGUGUAACAGAGAAUGGAGUCCAACCUAUAUGUCAUUCCCUGCUCUCAUUCCCCUUCCCAGGAUUUUCUUAGAAAGAAAACUUGAUCCCUGCUCAAAAUUGUAAACCCUCAUAGUUAUAUGAACCUCUGUUAGAAUGCAACUCAGAAUAAAAGGGCUGCAGGGUUGAAGUAUAUGGAGACUUAUUAGGAAGAGGGCAGACUUGAACAGAGAUGUAAAGUUGUAGGGGAAUGUAAAAGUAGGUGACAAGUCUAAAAAUGUUAUGGAGCAGCAAUAUGUUUGAUAGUAUAAGGAGAAAGUAAUAUAAUAAGCUGGCAUGAAGACACUAAGAUAGUAUAGAAUCUGCUAAAUGCAGCUGAUGGUGUUACAUAUAUAAAGCCAUAACCUAAUAUCAGUAUUAAUUCAGUUAUGUGUGAUAUUGUAAAGAGGUUAAUUGUGCUUUUUAGAACUGAUGCAGACAACUGACCACAUUCCAAAGUGGGCAGAAUAUGGUCUGACUGGCUGCUGGUUGUGUAACUAAUUGUUAGUUUAUAGGGAGAUCAGAUUGUUUGACUAAGACAGUGAUCCUAUUUGUCCUAAGUCAGGUAUAAGAAGAUAAAAAGAAUGUGUAAAUGCAUAAAUCAGUUUGCCUUAUGAUAUGUGUAAGAUGGUAAAAUUACUGUGAAGGCACUUUAAUGAGUAAAGGAGGAGGGUUUUCGUUUUAUAGACAGAUACACUAAUGCUUAUAACAGUUGUUUACUGUAGUAUAAUAAAUAUUUCUAUUUUUACAUGUUAAAAACUACCAUGACAAUAUGAUGUUGCGCAAACGAAUAAAGUUUGUUAAAGUGAAAGUAAACUUUGAGCGUACUCGCUCAAGUCAUAGGAUAGAAUUUUAAAAAUUAGUAAGACUUUCAUUCAUCAAAUUGGUAAUAUAUCCGGAUCUUCUACGAUUAGUGGAUUGCAGAUUCGUCAUCUGUCAAUCAAUUGAGGACUAUGGCGGGCGGAGGAACAGUGCUUACCGUUCUAGCAUUAAAAGCUAAAAAUCUCAGAAAAUCUGGAUAUAUUACCAAUUUGAUGAAAGUAUCACUAAUUUUUUUAAAUUCUAUCCUAUGACUUGAGCGAGUACGCUCAAGUUUACAUUCACUUUAAGAAUGAAUAUAACUGUGUACAAAACAAAGGAGGGGUAGUAUCUGAGCCAAUUUAAAUGGGCUGCUGCUACUAAAACUAGUAGCACACUUUGUACAAUGCAGAGUUCUACUAGGUGGUACACAAACUCCGUUUCUAUUGGAUCACUGCUUGUGUGGAUAAAACAAUUUGUUAACAUUUUAAGAGCCAAAUUCCCAUGGAGAUUUCCCCAAUUUUGUUCUAUAAAAUAAAAUUUUCUAACUUUUUUUUUUUUUUUUUAA